UACGUCAACCACAAAAAACAAAAAUUGAGUUGAAUAGCUAACCAGUGCCAGCGCGUCCUUAAUAUAUUUUUAAUUUUACUGUAACUUUAUCUGAUUUAUUGUUAAAACCUGCUUCUAAGUAGAACAAAUUAUCUGAUGAAAUCACUGUAUUGAAUUGACCAACAUCGUAUAAGUAUCGGAAGUAAAUCUGAGCGUACAAUCUACAUUUGAUGAAAAUACCAAAGAUUCCUUGAAAUGUUUUCAUAAAUUGUUUAUGAUAUAUUUUUAAAUAAUCCAUUAAAAUGGGCGAUAUAUACAUUGCUGUUGUAUGUUCUUCCAAUAUGAAUCGUAGCAUGGAGGCUCAUGCCUUUCUUGUGAAAAAGGGCUUCAAAGUAAAAUCUUUUGGAACAGGCGAGAAAGUCAAAUUACCCGGAGCUUCCGCUGAUCGACCUAACUGUUACGAGUUCGGUGUACCAUAUGAUGAUAUUUACAAUGACUUACUUGAAAAAGACAAAGGUUACUACACUCAAAAUGGUUUACUGCAUAUGUUGGAUCGGAACCGGAGGAUAAAACCGUGCCCAGAAAAAUUUCAAGUUUCUACGGAACGAUUUGAUGUCAUUAUAACAUGUGAAGAAAGGGUAUAUGACCAAGUUAUUGAAUGGUUUGGUGCAAGAAGAUCAGUGUUCAACCAGCCUGUUCAUGUUAUCAAUAUAGAUAUUCAAGAUAAUCAUGAAGAAGCAACAAUUGGCGCUUUUUUAAUUAGUGACAUGGUUACAAAAAUGGCACAAAGUGAGGAUUUGGACAAUGACAUAGAUGAAUUAUUACAUGAUUUUGAAGCUAAGUGCCACAGACCAAUUUUGAACUGUAUCAUGUUUUACUGAUUGCAAAUAAUUUGACAUCAAUAAAAUUAUUAUGUAAUUCUA